AUGGCUCCACCAUUGAAGACUGGUAGUCGCAACAUCUCCUAUACAUUCCCGAAUCCGAAUCUGGAUUCUCUUGGGUGUUUAGCGAAGAAGAUCACGCCAGAUGAGUCGACCAAGUUCCGAGAGAAAUAUGGGUAUAUUCUGAGCCUUCUCAAAAUGCCAUUCACCAAGUAUGAGCAAGAGGGAGUUCAUACCCUGCUUCAGUUCUACAAUCCUUCUCUGCGCUGUUUCACGUUCCCUGACUAUCUCUUGGUUCCCACAUUGGAGGAAUAUUCUCUUUUCCUCGGUGUUCCGGUCAAAAAGGAAGAAGUCCCGUACUAUGGCACCAUGGAGGCCCCUACGUCCAUUGAAAUUUCUAAGGCUCUUUAUUUGAGCAAGUCGGUCGUGGAAGCAAAUCUCACUAAGAAAGGAGAAUGCUUUGGUUUUCGUAUGGAGUUUCUGGUUAAAAGGGGUUGCGAUGCUGCUGAAGCAAAAGAAUGGGACACAUUUAGGGCUAUCCUGGCUCUAAGUAUCUAUGGUAUCAUGAUGUUCUCAAACGUGCCCGACUUUGUUGAUAUGAAUGCCAUUCACGUAUUCAUUCUGCAGAAUCCGGUUCCUACACUUUUGGGGGACGUUUAUCACUCCAUCCAUCACAAGAAUAGUCAAAAGGGAGGUUUGGUUAGAUUCUGUGCCCCGUUGUUAUAUCGUUGGUUCAGGUCGCAUUUGCCUGAGCGUGGUGCUUUCAUUGAUAAUAGACACACAUCUAAGUGGGCUGAGAGGAUUAUGGGGCUGAGGGCUAAAGAUAUUGUCUGGUACAAUAGCGCUUUAGAUGACAUGGAAGUUAUUAUGAGUUGCGGAAAGUUCAAAAACGUACCUCUCAUGGGUCUUAGGGGCGGAAUCAACUAUAACCCCGUCCUAGCUAGAAGAACAUUUGGAUAUGCUUUUAUCAGUCCACCUGAGCAAACAGAGAUAGCUGAGAACAUCUUCUAUCAUGUGGCCACCAACAUUGGACAGAUGGCAGAAGCUGUGCAAGCCUGGAAAAGUAUUUGUUGGAGAGAUAAGAAGCAUUUUGGUCAGAGAGACUGUGCAACUUAUAAAGACUAUACUGAGUGGGUCAAGACUGUGGCUAAUACCCAAGGGAUGCCUUUCCCUCCUAAGGAUCCCUUAUAUCUCCCUGCUGAGCUUGAAGAAUUGUAUGCUAGAGGAAGUACUCAGAAAAGGCCAAGAGUGACUAUAGACCCUAAAUCUACUGAAUCUCAAGAGAAGAAGCGGAAAGAACAUUACGAGGCUCAGUUGGCAUAUUUGACUGAAAGACUCCAGAUUCAGACUAAAGAAGCCAAUUCAAAAAGGGCUCGUCGAAAGAAAGUAGACAAACUCUUGUUGGAACGCCAAGGAACCUUAGAAAAGUGCUAUGAAGAAAUCCGAAAGCUGAAGGGUCAAGUAGAAUAA